GUAAAAAUAAUCAACAAACUUGAAAAAUAACCACCAAGGAAACAUGGGAAAAUAUCUCGAUUUAUCGAAGUAUAUUUGAAGAACAAGAAAAUGCAUUUGAAUAAUUUCAUGUCAAGUUUUACGCAAGCGCGGCAAAUAGUUUACAAGGGUUCUUAUAAUGUCUAAAGCUUUAGUAUCAUUUUGUAUGCGAAAGAAUAAUAAUGUCUUCUAAAACAAAACGAAAUUCAAUAAAAUUCAAUAAUAGUGACUAUGUUAUUAAUUCAUGUAAACCAUUGGCAUUAUGUGUUGGUCUUUGGCCAAUUAAUUAUAAACAUUCACAAAUAAGAAAAAUAAUUAGUAUUAUUUUAAAUAUUAUUGCAAUUUUAUUAAUACUACAACGAUUUUUAUUUACAGUUAUUUUUUCAACUUUUGUACUAAAAAGUAUAACUCUAAGAAUAGCAAUUUCAGCACCCGCAUGUUAUCAUAUUUGUAAUCUCAUUAAAUAUAUAGUAAUUUUAUUUCGAAUUGAAAAAAUUGAAAAAUGUUUAAAAAUUAUGAAAGAAGAUUGGCGUUAUAUUGAAAAUAAUGAGCAACAUGAAGUGAUGAUAAAUAAUGCUAAAACUGGACGUUAUAUAAUUUUUAUUUGUACUUCCAUUAUUUUUCUUAGUGGAUUGGGAUAUAAUAUUCUAGCACCAUUAUUGAGCCAUUCAAUUGUAACACAUAGAAAUAUUACAGUUAAACCAUUUCCAUCGCCAGUAUAUGGAAAAUUUUUUACAAGUGGUCAAAGUCCUAUUUAUGAAAUUAUUUUUGCUGUACAACUUGUGACGGCUUUUUUCUUAUAUAGUGUUACAGCUGUUGCAAUUAGUUAUAUUGCAAUUUUAACAAUGCACGCAUGCAGUCAAUUUGACAUUGUUAUGAUUUAUUUAAAUAAACUUAUUGACAUUCAAGAUAAAGAAAAAACAGUUCAUAAAAAAUUUGUUAUUAUUGUCAAUACACAUCAUCGCGUUGUGAGUUUUGUUGCUAAAUUAGAAGAUGCAUUCACAGAAAUAUGUUUUAUUGAUAUGGCAUUGUGUUCAAUCGGUUUGUGUUUGUUGGGAUAUGUAAUAAUUUUGUUUGCAAAACAGUCUAAUUAUGUAACCGCAAUGUCGUUUGUUAUUCAUUUUACAUCGCUUCUAUUCAACAUUUUUAUUUACUGUUAUAUCGGAGAAAUGCUUCUUCAUAAGGCCACAAAAGUUAGAGAAACUUGUUGUACGAUUAGUUGGCAUCUUUUGCCACAUGAAACAUCAAAAAAUUUUAUAUUUUUCCUCCAAAGUACACAAACAUCUACUCAUAUUACAGCUGGGAAAGUUAUUACUUUGUCUUUUACAACAUUUAGUUCUGUCAUCAGAUCAGCAGGUGCAUAUUGCAACGCGCUUUGGAAUAUGAACAAAUAGAACAAAUUUAAAAUUCAAAAACUAUGACGAAGGAAAUGAAUGAAAAUUAUUUAUAUAAAUAUUAUAUAAAUAUUUAUUUAUCAUGUGUGUUAAAAAAAAAAAAUUAGUAAAAAUUGUGAUGUUCUAUAAAAAAUGAUAAAGUAAAUAUAUUAUAUUUUAUGUAAAAAAUGGUUUAAUGGAAAAUAAUAUGUAUCCUUGUAAAAAGAAAUUAAUUUAAAAAAAAAAAAAAAAAUUUUCUAAUUUUAUUUAU